UCAUGGUUCAAUGGGCCGGAUCAAGGGGUUGACUGCAGCGGCAUCGCAGCAAAACCCUACCCCGAGCGUCAACCUAACUAUAAAUAGCCAGCACGCUGCAGUGCAGCCAUAGUAGCGUCCGUCAAGGGAGGAUACUACAGAGCUGUUUUUGCUGCCUUCGCCGCGGAGUAGCUCGUUAACGACUACGGGAUACAGGUUUGGAUUGUGAGUUGUUACCAGAUUCAGAUUUGGGCAUUUGAAGUCGAGAACAAUAUGACGGGUGAGGAUCCUACAGAGCUGAAGGAAGAGGUGCCUGAGAUUUUGCCCUUUGAUCCAACUAAGAAGAAGAAAAAGAAGAAACCUGUGGUUCAGGAUCCUGCUGAAGUGCUAGACAAAUUAACUGAGAAAACAGAAAAUCUAACUGUUACUGAAACAAGUGAACCAAGUUUAGUUGGCUUGAAGAAAAAGAAGAAGAAACCUGUUGAAACCAACUUCCUGAAUGAUGAAAAUGGAGACCAAGACCAAACUGGUGAUCAAGUUGGGGAGGAUGAAGAAGGAGAAGGCAUUGUCCUUGGUGUUAGUCGAUAUCCUUGGGAAGGAACUGAUCGUGAUUAUAAGUACGAAGAGCUUAUGGGUCGAGUAUUUAACAUACUGCGUGAGAAUAACCCUGAUCUUGCUGGAGAUAGGCGUAGAACUGUGAUGAGGCCUCCACAAGUUCUUAGAGAAGGAACCAAGAAGACAGUUUUUGUGAACUUUAUGGAUCUUUGCAAAACGAUGCAUAGGCAACCAGAGCAUGUUAUGAAUUUUUUACUUGCUGAAAUGGGAACAAAUGGAUCGCUUGAUGGACAGCAGAGACUGGUUAUUAAGGGUAGAUUUGCCCCCAAAAAUUUUGAGGGCAUCCUUAGAAGAUACAUCAAUGAGUAUGUCAUUUGCAAUGGCUGCAAAAGUCCUGAUACCAUACUUUCAAAGGAGAACCGAUUGUUCUUUCUUCGUUGUGAACAGUGUGGCUCUUCGCGUUCAGUCGCUCCUAUCAAGGCUGGUUUUGUUGCACUUGUGAAACGCCGCAAAGGCACUUGAGCUGAGCAUUUGCCUGUUUGUUUCUUGCUUUUCUAAAACCAAAAAGAAAUAGCGUCCCAGAAUCUCAGUAUUUCAUUUAUACAUUCAAUUAUUUGCCUGUUUAGCAUCCAUCAGUAUGAUCAAGUAUUUAUGUGUCCUAACGUAAAUGUGGUUGGAUUUGCUAGCUUUGUUAAAAUUGUCAAAGUUCCAAAAAAAAAUUAUUUGAGAUGCAUUUUUUUGCUUCUUA